AUGGACAGUUUCAUCAGUACUGUGAAAUGGAAGUUAUCGGAUGGAACUUUACGCGACAUGAAGGCGUUUUUGAGAGAAAAGUUAGGCUUCGACAUCUUCUCGUCUAGACAAAAGAUUCACAAUCUUCGAAAAAUGCACUCCGGACUGGAAGAUUACAAGAUUCGUGUAGAGACUGUCCUCAAAAAAUCCGCCGGAAGAGAUGUCGAACAGGAGUCGUACGUCAUUGAAGUUAAGGACCUUCAAUCGCUUAUCAGUAAGCGGAUCCAACGUCUCCACGACAACGGGCGACUCAGUUUCCGAGAAGGCAGUUCUGACAUCAUUCUUGGAAUCGGUGGGGACAAAGGUGCUGCUCACACCAAACUUGUCGUUGUCUUCGGAAAUGUAGAUAAGCCCAAUGACCCGCAUGGGAUCUUACUAGUCGGAUUGUACGAAGGCCAUGAUGACUAUGGAACUCUGAAAGAGAAAAUGGCAUUAGUUUUUAAACAACUAAACGAUCUGGAGCAUGUAACCUAUAACGAAACUGGCAAAACAAUAACACGGUCUGUGGUAAAACUUGCGAUUGGUGACUGCAAGUUUUUGUCGGCAAUUACUGGACACUCUGGACAGUCGUGUGCAACACCAUGUUUCUUAUGUGAUAAACGGUGGACAUCGCAUGGAGUAAAGGCACAACUGGUUGCACAAUUCAAUUUCUUCUUGGCUGGAUCUCCUUAUGAUUCAUCAGCAUUAAAGGAACCGCUAUUCCAUGCGAAGAAGGGAACGAUUGGAGUGCCAGGAGUCCAUACGGUCUUGGGAAUAGCUCAGACAUAUGGUCUCGAUUGGAUGUUCGCAUUGUGUAACAAAAUUGAUGCAAAAGAUCCGACACUGCCAGAAAAUCUCAGGGAGCAGCGAAAAAUUUUGAAAAGUCUCGAAGAAGAAGAAGUGCAUUAUGAAGCGAGAUACAACUCAUUGAAAUCGACCCAUAACAUCGUGGAGCACAUGCUCAGUGUUGCCGAGAAUUUCGAUGAAUCAGUUGAUGACGUAGACACAAAUAAAUCAUGUGGUUCCUCUUUCUGCUUCGUAGCAACUUCUGAUGAUUCCAAAAUUUGCGAUUCUGACGUUUUCGAAUGCUCAAAUUGUUCCAAAACUGUUCACAACAUCUGCUCAUUCAUCUUCACAUCAACUCAAGAUCAUCAAGAGGAUAUUUGUUGCCUCGAGUGUCGAAAACAUAAUUCAAACAUGUCUCUUCAGUCGAGAGUUGCAAUUCUUGAGAAGAUUGAACGAAACUUCCGGAAAAAGAUGGAGAACGACAAAGAAUGCCUUGAAAAUGUUGUAUCUGAAAAGAAGAUUUUAGAUGAGAAAAUGAAGCUUUACAAUGGGGAUACGCGAAAGAAACUAGAAGCCGUUUUGAAGAAUAUCGGAUGCGAUAUGAGGGCCUGGUACCAGCAACUCACUGGUAACCAGGUCCGAAACUUUCUUCGCCCAGCCAACAUCAAGAAGUGUUUUGCUAUCUUCCCACCGAAUUCAUCUGACAAUCUUUACGCGAUGGAAUCAUUUUUGAUGAAUUUAGGCAAACUAAUGAGCAGCGCGAAUAACAAAGUCAAAACUGAUGAAGAAAUUGAUGACCUGGAGAAAAUUGUGGAGGAAUUGGUGGAAGAUCUGAAGCAGGCGCAACCACGUGCAACAGUGACCCCAAAAAUGCACCUGUUGACAUGUCAUCUGAUUCCCUUCCUUCGAGAACACCGUACCUGGGGAUCAAUCACUGAACAGGGUAUCGCACAUUUGCAUGCGGUCAUCAAUAGCCUUCAUGUUCGAUUUGCGUCUGUUCUGGAUACGGCAAUGAGAGCAACUUUGAUUGUUAAGGCACUGUCCAAUUAUAAUUUUAUCUUCGACAUCGGAGCUUCCUGGUUUAAAGCUGCAUGA